AUGACCACUGAGUCUGUCCUGGACCGCACUCUUUUCUCAGAGGAUUUUGCUACGCAAUGGCAUUCUACUGAGAGUCGGGUUUUGCCUCGUCUUGGCUCUGACCAUGCUCCUAUUUUGUUUAAAUGUUCCACUCCUCCUAAUUCCUAUGGCGCCCGUCCUUUUCGUUUCCUGAACAUGUGGAGUUCUCACUCUGAUUUUAUUCCAAUGGUUCAGCGUUCUUGGGCUACUGUUGUUGACACGAACUGCCCCAUGGUGCGUAUGAUGCACAAGUUGAAACGUUUGAGGAAAGAGCUCAAAAUUUGGAAUAAAUUCACUUUUGGGAACUUCAACACUUCGCUUGAAGAGCUCUAUAAUAAGCUCUCUUCUCUUCAGGCACAUAUCGAUAAUGUUGGCUACUCUGACGCGCUCUUUGAUCAAGAAGUUGAGCUUGAAGCCUCUAUCUCGGUCAUGCUCUCUCGGCAAGAGGACCUACAUCGCCAGAAAAGUAGAAUUCGAUGGCUCCAGGAUGGCGAUCGAAAUACAAAGUUUUAUCAUAACAUGUUGAGAAUGAAGCGCGCUAGCCAUACUAUCAAGCAUCUUGAGAUUAACGACGUCCUGGUUGAAGAUCAUAACACUUUGGCGUCUCAUGUGGAAAACUUUUAUAAAGCUCUUUUUGCGGCGGAUAUCAAUCCUGGGGGCGAUCUUUCGUGGAUUACUAAUUAUAUCACCAGUAGCCUCACUUUGGAUCAUAAAUCGGCUUUGGUUACUUGUCCGACUGCGACGGAGAUCAAAGCGGUGGUCUUUGCUAUGGACAAAGAUAGCGCUCCCGGCCCGGAUGGCUUUGGAGUUAUUGCCAAGAUUCUGGCGAUCCGACUGAAUGCUGCUGCUGCCACCAUCGUCUCCAGCAACCAAUUUGGCUUUAUUUUGGGACGUUCUAUUCAUGAGUGCAUCACUCUUGCCUUUGAAGGGGCGAACUGCAUGGAGAGAUCUUUACACGGCAAAAACAUGGCUCUUAAAGUCGACAUUCAUAAGGCCUUUGAUACGCUUAGAUGGGAUUUUCUUCUGUUCGUGCUUCAACAGUUUGGCUUCCCAAAUAUUUUCUGCUCUUGGAUCAAAACUAUUCUUAGCUCGGCUCGCAUCUCUAUUCGGUUCAAUGGUGCUCUCUAUGGCUAUUUCGAAUGCAGUCGGGGAGUAAGACAAGGAGAUCCUUUGUCUCCCAUUCUUUUUGCCUUGGCGGAAGAUGUUCUUAGCCGUAUUUUUCUGGACGCUGGUAAUCGGGGUUUAAUCGCCGGCAUGCGUUUCUCGAGAUCUUUGAGUUUCCCUUCUCAUCUGCUUUACGCUGACGAUGUGCUCCUGUUCUGUCAGGCCACCAAGCGUAAUUGCAUUAUGAUUGACUCGAUUAUUCAGCUCUAUUCCACGGUCUCUGGUCAAUAUUGCAACAAGAAUAAGUCUACUCUUUACUUCGGGAAAGGGGUGUCGCCUGGGCGACGUUCUAGGCUCCAACGGAUUUUGGACUUCAACAUUGGCUCCAUGCCUUUCACAUACUUGGGAGUGCCUAUUUUCUCGGGUCGUGCUUCUUCCGCUAAACUUCGACCUAUCUUUGAUCGUAUUCUUGCACAUUUCCCUAGGUGGCAAGGUAGUCAACUCUCUAUGGCGGGCAGGCUCUGCUUAGUUUCUUCUGUUAUCAACAGUGCUGCGGUACAUAGUAUGCUUGUUUAUAAAUGGCCGGUGAAACUUCUGCAUGAUCUUGACAGAGCUUGUAGAUCGUUCAUCUGGACUGGGAGUACUAUGAAGAAACCUUCUUUUUCUGUGAGUUGGAUCAGAGCUCGCGCUCUGAAGGAACAGGGCGGCAUUGGAGUCAAAUCUUUCUCUGACAUCAAUAAUAGUUUCAUGUUUCGGCUAGGUUGGUAUAUUCUGAACAUGAACAGCUUCGGUUAUCGGCUGCUUCGUCAGAAAUAUCUCACUCAGACCAUGGAUUGGGCUUCCCAAUGGGCGAGUUCGUCGAUUUGGACUGGUGUUAGAAAGACAAUUCGGGAGAUUGUUUCGGAUACCUUCUGCACGAUUGGGAAUGGUGAUACGAUUUAUUUUUGGAGAGAUAAUUGGCUCGGGUAUCGGCUGAUCGACAGACUUCAUAUUCCGGAGUUCAUGACACCCUAUUUUUCUCAGAAGAUUUCAGACUUCUACUUUAAUAAUAAGUGGCACCUCACUUAUAGUUUUAUUCAGUCUUUCCCGCGCAUUGCUCUCGACAUCAUAUCUACCCCCAUUCCUGGAUUGGCGGACGACAGAUCCUGGAUUCACUCGGGUUUCGGGAACAUUACUGCUGCUUCGGCCUUUGCUCACAUACGACCUCAGUUCCCUAAGGUCGACUGGGGAUCCUGGAUUUGGGCCCCUUUUAUCCCCGCUCGACGAUCUCUCUUUGUCUGGCGCACUAUUGUUGGCAAGCUCCCUACCUUUGAUAUGAAUCGCCUUCUUGGUUUUCAGGGGCCUAACCGCUGCCCUUUAUGCUCGGCAGCAGAAGAGACGAUGGAUCACGUUCUGUUGAACUGCUCCUUCUCGGCUUCUAUUUGGGCGGAUGUCUUUCGUUGGUUUUUGAUUGAGCAAACUUUGCCGUUGGAUGUGGGCAGCAUGAUUCGCUUCUCUAUCCACCAGAAAAACAGCAAACAAGUUGGCAAUUUGUGGAAAGUUGGGGUGGUCUCUCUCCUUUGGAGUCUCUGGUCUCACCGCAACAACAUCAUACACAACAAUUUAACACCUUCGCGCCACCUCAUUCUCAAGCAGGUCAGGGUUUUUCUUUGUGAAGAUGCCAACAAUUUCGUCCUUGGCACUAUGGCCAACUCGGUUACUGAUCUUCUCAUUCUUAAGAAUCUUUCCAUCGCUGGACAACCCAGGAAGCCUUUCUCCUUUAUUUACGUUGCUUGGCACUUUCCCCCGCCGUCUUGGAUUAAAGUUAAUACUGAUGGCUCGGCGGCCAUGGGGUUGCGUUCGAAGCAGAGCUUUUAG